AUGAAAUUCAUUGAAAGUGUCGACACAUUUAUUGUGAGAUCGACAUUUAGUUAUUAUAUAUCAAGAAAAAGAUUACCUCCCGGUCCUUUUGGUCUACCAUUAGUUGGUUCUCUUCCGUUCAUCAAAUCGGAUCCAUUGAAGACACUUUUUGAGUGGUCAAAAAAAUAUGGACCAGUGAUUGGACUUCAAUUGGGAAAUAACCCGGUAGUCAUAUUAAAUGACUGGCCGACCAUUAAAGAGGCUCUUUCUAUGGAUACUAUUUUGGAUAGACCUAAACAUAACUUUUUUACAUCAGUCAUACCUAUUAGCUUUGCUGCCUUAAGUGGACAGGUAUGGAGAGAGCAGCGAAAGUUUACGGUACAUCAGCUCAGGAAUCUGGGAUUUGGUAAGACAUCGAUGGAAGACCACAUUAGAAGAGAGAUCACUCAUGUUUGCCAAAAAAUUGACCAAAACAUUGAUCGGGAUUUUGAAUUUCGUAAACUGUUUUCAUUGAGUAUUUCCAAUAAUGUCAGUGCCUUUAUAUUUGGCAGACGUCUAGACUACGAGAGCAGCGCUAAGAAAGUGAUCGACGAGUUCCUCACACCCGACCCUAAGCUCAAUCUUCUCAGUGUUUUUCAAUUUUUUCCACAAUUAGUUGGUUUUAUAUUUAAAUAUUUACACUUUCUAUUGCCUGAAGAUUUUAGAAAAACAAGACUUAGAGUACAAUAUUUAACUGACUAUUUCAGGAGUGAAAUCAAGACUCAUUCACAAACAUUGGAUGUCAACAAUAAUCGUGAUUAUAUCGACGCCUAUUUGACUGAAAUGCAAAAAUCAAACAUUUCAGAUAACUCGACAUUCAAUCCAAACACUUUAGAGGGCAAUACAUUUGCUUUAUUUGCUGCCGGAUCUAUAACUACGACAACAACACUGGAGUGGGCGAUGUUAGCAUUGGCCACAUAUCCAGACAUACAAAAGCGUUUACAACAAGAAGUUGAUGAAGUCAUUGGUGUAAAUAGCAUACCUGAGUACGGAUAUAGACAGCAUAUGCCAUAUCUACAAGCGUUUAUACACGAGAUUAUACGCUAUAGAUCAAUAUCACCAAUAAACUUACCAAGAUGUGCAAUUCAAGACAUAACAAUUGGUGGCCAUAGGAUACCAAAAGGCACGCAAAUAUUUGUCAACUUUUGGUCCGUAGAAAAUGAUCCGAUUUUAUGGGACAAACCAUCAGAGUUUAGACCACAAAGAUUUUUGACAAAUGAAAAUACUUUUCAAAAACCCGAACAUUUCACUCCAUUUUCAUAUGGCAAGAGGUCGUGUCCGGGGGAAGUAUUAGCUAUGGCUGAGCUCUUCCUAUAUCUGACAACAUUUCUCCAGAAGUAUGACAUCUUAGCAACCGAUAAGACGGACAAAAAACUUGAAUAUUUAUUUGCCUUUUCAUUGAUCCCAAAACACAUACCUGUCAUCAAAUUUACAAAACGAAAUCAUCAGUAA